AAAUGAAAAAAAAAAACAAAACCAACAACACUCUGUCAGAGCAACUAUUUGUAAUCGACGAAUGUCAAUAUGCAGUCAGAGUAUUAUCUUCUCUACUUUACAGUAUACGUUUUCUCAUGUGUUAGUGGCAAUACCUUUAUACCGUCAAAGACUUGUUACAUAAUACACUCCUGUGCGUGUUCGUUUGGCAACGGAAGCGUUCUAGAUUUGUCUGCCUUGGUGGGGAACCCUAGGUAAGUGUAAACAUUAAGAAACACAUCCUUCAUGAAUUAGACUAAGGGAACGUAUCCUUCAAGAACGAGCCAAAUGAAACGUAUCCUUUAUGAGUGAGCCUAAUGGAACAUAUUCUUCAUGGAUGAGCCAAAUGAAAGAUAUCCUUUAUGAAUUAACAUAAUGGCCUAACUCCAUGAAUAAGUCUAAUAACACAUAUCCUUAAUAAAUGAUCCAAAUGAAACAUAUCCUUUAUGAUUAAUCCUAAAUAUCCUUCAAGAAUGAGCCAAAUGAAUUAUAUCCUUCAAGAAUGAGCCAAAUGAAUAUAUCCUUCACGAAUGAGCCAAAUAAAUAAUAUCCUUCAUGAAUAUGCCUAAUGAAAUAUAUCCUUCAUGAAUUAGCCUAAUGAAAUAUAUCCUUCACGAAUGAGCCAAAUGAAAUAUAUCCUUCAUGAAUGAGCCAGAUAAAACUUAUCCUUCACGAAUGAGCCUCAUGGAACAUAUCCUUGAUGAAUGAGCCUAAUGCCUAAUGAUGGUACAAUCAGUGGUAAAAAAUAUGAAAAUAGCCAAGUGUUGUAUGUAACUGUAUUGUUAUAACCAGUGGUGUAGCGAGACGCUGUGUCGCACUUGUCGGGCAUUGGGUUUGACCCCCCCCCCCACCCCCGAAAACUCUAAUUGAAAUUAUAUCUAGUGCUCUUUGGAACAGUGAAACCACGAAAUUACGGACAUUGAAGUUAUAACAAUGUCCUUGGCAUUGGUCCUUACUCCCCUUUUCCAUCAAUCUAUACUUAAUAAAAAAAGCAACAUAGAAAUUAUAUGAUUAUUUUUAUUCGUACUAAAAAUUAAUAUAGUUUGAUAAUGUUUAGUUAACAUGUUUUUAUGAAGCUAUGAAACUUUUUAAUUAUCUUAAUUAAACAAAUUCCUUUGUAAAUGAUUUUUUUCAAGGCGCUGAGUGCUGAUGCAAUGUAUCGGUGUGUACCGUCACAAGACAGAAUUUAAAUAAUUUAUAUAAUUAUAAUAUAAGAAGACCGUGCUAACAAUUAAAUGGGUGCUGGGUGGCCGAAUGGUCUAAACUGAGCAAUUCACAAGUUCGUGGUCUGGAACUCGAGCCCAGUUAGACCUGCCAGCCAAAUUUAAUUUUAAAUUUCGGUUGGCUGACAUAAUUUUUUGGCUGAUAUAAUAAUAAUAAUAAUAAGACGUCUUAUAUAGCGCGGUACCCCAGCCUAGGGCUGGGCUCACCGCGCUGUACAUAAAAAUUUUAUCAAAAGAGACAUAAUCAUGAAAUUAAAAUAAAAUACAUUUAUGAAAUAAAGAACAGCAACACCCCACCACAUAACUUUUACAAGACAAACCAUGGACGGCAGCCAGCAAGAUCAUUUAUCGGCCAGAGGAGGGGAAUCAGUCAGGGUAGUAGAAUUUAAAAAGAUAUGUUUUUAGUGCAGUUUUGAAGGCCUGGGUGGUUGGUAUAUUGCGUAUGUUUAGUGGCAAAGAAUUCCAUUUGUUUGGGGGCGCAGAAAGAGAAAGAUCGUUCACCAUAUGUUUUAGUGUGUGUCUUGAGAACGGACAGAAUACGCGUGUCUGCACAGGAGCGAAGCUGUCGAAGGGGUAAAUAGACAGAAAUAUUAGCCGGAUUUCUCCGUAAAUUGACAUUUGCGGCUGAUUUUCGGCUGAUUACGAAAUAUUCGGCUGAAGCCUGGCCAAUAAUGAAGUAAUAAAACUUCAGCAAUUAAACACUUUUACAAUACUUCAGAAAAAGUUUUAUUAUUUCAAACAAUAGAAAAAAAAAGUUUUAUAUGCUGUCCUACUAAUACAGUGCAUGAAUGCAUUCCAUUCAUUCAGUUUCUGUCACUCAAUACCUGAUACCUUAAAACGGAACGCCAUGAAAUUUAAGAAAGCAAAAACAUUACGUUACGGCGACUCGUUCAUUUUUCGGCGGAUUUACGGCGGACGAACUACGGCGGCUGAUGCGGCGCGCCGAAUAUUUUCCAGCGGAUUUUUGGCGGACGAAAAUUCGGCGGCGUAUUCGGCGUGCGGCGUCGACUGAGGGGGUCUAAACCCAGUCAAGCAAAAACACCACCAGAACCCCGGGUGGAUGGAAAAUCUUCUAAGAGAAGGAAACUCUGAAAUCAAACCCGAGAUGGAGUCCUCUUUUCAUUUUUAACUCGCGUGUAUAAAGUUCAACAUAAAUUAAUGUGUCCAGUAGGUCAGCUUCUUGCUUUUUGUUUCAAUAAAAGAUCAGCUCAUCUUAUGAUCUCAACUUCCACAGGUUUACCCUGGACGACCCGCAAGUAGAAUACGCCUACAAUCCUUGUACGGAUUUUUCAAUGGGGGAAUGCACAAAUGUUUCGGUAAAAAAAAAAAAAAAACAAAACAACAACAACCAAAACAACAAAAAAAAACAAACAAAAAUAAAACCAAACCCAAAGAGACAGAGUAAAAAAAAAUCCACAGGUUUACCCUGGACGACCCGCAAGUAGAAUACGCCUACAAACCUUGUACGGAUUUUUCAAUGGGGGAAUGCACAAAUGUUUCGGUAAAAAAAAAAAAAAAAAGCACAACAACAGCAACCAAAACAACAACAAAAAACAUACAUGUUUUAAACCUGACCCGAAGAGUCUGAUUAAAAAAAACCAAGCGUCUUAAAACAUUAAAAAGAAAUCAUUCAUAUGCAUUUUUCUUCUUUUAAGAAAUCAUUGCAUCAUAUUGCCUUAAUCUUCCCCCUGAAACUUGGAAAAAAAAACAAAUGGUUUUUGGGGGAUCGGGUGGGGGUUUCAAAUUUGAUAGAAUGUGUUGUCAUUGGCAGCGAGUCUAUGCGCAACGCCGGCCUUAGGUAAAAGUUCGCCCUGUGCAAAGCACCCGUUCGGUGCCCUUUCGGUUGGUCUCAACCCCAGAGUUAGUAUCCAAACUAAGAAUGCAACUUUCAUGGUAUGAAAACUCAUUGUAUGAGAAGCGAUUGUACAAAAUGUUCAAAUACCGUUUCUCGACCGAGGUUCACACUUCACUACAAUAAAAUAAGGGACUUUAAAUAUUUUCUGGGCGCCCCUAUUGCCAAGGCGCCCUGUGCGAGGGCACAGGUCGCACACCCUAAAGGCCGGCUUUCCUAUGACGCGUUCAUGGCACGUGUGUAUUUUGCCAUAUCAUCGGCACCCCACUCUGUGUGUUGACUUGUAGCCCUGUAUGGCUAUUAUAAAUAGUGACCAUGCAAUACUGUCAGCAAAGCACAUUUAGUGGCGUAGGGAGGGAGGGUGGAUGGGGGGGGGGGAGGGGUUGUCCGCGUGGGACGGCAUUUUUUUUCUCUACAUGGAAGUCGGGUAUUUGGGGCAAAUUGUCGAGUUAUCUCAGGCAACAGUCUUCUUUUCCCACCCAACGCUCACCUUUUCUCAUUCGUCUACUUUUCCCAAACAACGUUAAACUUUUCCCACCCAACGCUCAACGUGAUUCAUUCCUUUCGUUUCACCAGGCAUGCCAGUACCUGAGAUACGAAGACACCUAUCACAUUCUUGGUGACCAGGAGUCUGCGGCAUUCGUGUUUGACACAGACAAUGAGAUGGUCAUCUUGACCUACUAUAAACAGGACACUUACGGCAAAAUCAGGUCAGCCGAAGACCAGAUCGUCGCCAGGGCUUUCAAUGACGAAGUGGUUAUAAAUAGUAGGCUAGGCAUAACCUUGAAUUAGCGGUAGUAAAUCAUGUAUCACCUGUGAGUAACGUUGAGCGUCAUUCCCAGUCGGCAGCGUACCGUCAUAGUGCUAUCAUAAUGUAGUCUGGGUUAAAAUUAUACCAAGUUAUAGAUUCAACAGGUACGGCCUAUUAUUCCGCUACAUUGUUAAUAUUUUUUUAAUUGCUAGCGGUAGUAGUAGUAGGAGUAAACUAUUUACGGGCUUGACAAAACUCAGAGUUGUCUACCCAGUCUGCUGAGGAUGACGUAGAGUGCUACUCUCCGGACAGACAGUCUACACCGCCUUACGUGACCGUAACGAAAUGUUGCAAGUGUUUGAACAAACAAACAAAAAAAACCUGGUAUCUUUUAAACCAAAAUAUGUAGAAGCCAACACUUCAUUCGUUCAGCUGUUUCCAUUGUUUUUUCUGUGCCUAGGUCGGUGUCAACUAUUGACUACACAUUUGUACGUAAAAAAAAAGGGCAACUUUCUAAGUAUCGUCCGUUUCAGCUUUAAGAAGUAGAUUAGUAAACUGUCUUAUACUGAGCCUAUCCGCGUGGAUCAAGGUGGGAUAUUCAUUGUUUCGAAUCAGAUGGUUCCCAGCAUUAUUUAAACGCCUGUAACAGUGCCAUAAAGUUGUUUAUUCACAUUCAUUAUUUGUUGUUUUUUUUUAACAGGACAGCCAACAUUCAGCUGCACUGCACCACUGACAUGACGGACAGCUUCAUCUAUCUGGGCCAACACAAACAACUCUAUUUUGUAAGUUGCCAACGUCAUGGGUCCCAAUAAUUUGUAACAUAAGAAUAAGAAUUUAAAAAAAAAAUUACCUCCCCCCCCCAAAAAAAAAAAAUAACAACAAAAAAAACCAACAAAAUAAAACCCACCACCAAACUACCCAACACAAAAUGUGAGGAAACUAGAUCAAUAAAUAUAAAAUAAACUACUAGUAUUUCCAUUGUUUACAGCACCAAUCCAUUUCUCAAAUUUCCAGUCAGCGUCACACUCCCAUCCCCACUCUCACUCUCACUCCCUCUCUAUCUCCCACUCUAAAUCCCACUUGGCCUGUCUCACCCACUCCUACUUCACUCGCAUUCUGCAGGAGUUAGACUACAGGAGUAAGGGCUAGAGUAAGACUACAAGAGCAAGGGCUAGAGUAAGACUACAAGAGUAAGGGCUAGAGUAAGACUACAAGAGUAAGGGCUAGAGUAAGACUACAAGAGUAAGGGCUAGAGUAAGACUACAAGAGUAAGGGCUAGAGUAAGACUACAAGAGUAAGAGCUAGAGUAAGACUACAAGAGUAAGGGCUAGAGUAAGACUACAAGAGUAAGGGCUAGAGUAAGGGCUAGAGUAAGGGCUAGAGUAAGACUACAAGAGUAAGGGUUAGAGUAAGGGCUAGAGUAAGGGCUAGAGUAAGGGCUAGAGUAAGGGCUAGAGUAAGGGCAAGAGUAAGGGCUAGAGUAAGACUACAAGAGUAAGGGCUAGAAUAAGGGCUAGAGUAAUGGCUAGAGUAAGGACUAGAGUAAGGGCUAGAGUAAGACUACAAGAGUAAGGGCUAGAGUAAGAUUACAAGAGUAAGGGCUAGAGUAAGACUACAAGAGUAAGGGCUAGAGUAAGGGCUAGAGAAAGGGCGAGAGAAAGGGAUAGAGUAAGGGCUAGAGUAAGACUACAAGAGAAAGGGCUAGAGUAAGACUACAAGAGAAAGGGCUAGAGUAAGACUACAAGAGUAAGGGCUAGAGUAAGGGCGAGAGUAAGGGCUAGAGUAAGGGCUAGAGUAAGGGCUAGAGUAAGGGCUAGAGUAAGGGCUAGAGUAAGGGCUAGAGUAAGGGCUAGAGUAAGGGCUAGAGUAAGGGCUAGAGUAAGGGCUAGAGUAAGACUACAAGAGUAAGGGCUAGAGUAAGACUACAGGAGUAAGGCUAGAGUAAGACUACAAGAGCAAGGGCUAGAGUAAGACUACAAGAGCAAGGGCUAGAGUAAGAAUACAAGAGUAAGGGCUAGAGUAAAACUACAAGAGUAAGGGCUAGAGUAAGACUACAAGAGUAAGGGCUAGAGUAAGACUACAAGAGUAAGGGCUAGAGUAAGGGCUAGAGUAAGGGCUAGAGUAAGGGCUAGAGUAGGGACUAGAGUAAGGGCUAGAGUAAGGGCUAGAGUAAGGGCAAGAGUAAGGGCUAGAGUAAGACUACAAGAGUAAGGGCUAGAGUAAGGGCUAGAGUAAGGGCUAGAGUAAGACUACAGGAGUAAGGGUUGGGGUCAUGGGUGUGCGUAGGAAUUUGAUCAGGAAAAUUGGGGGGGGGGGUUGCGACAAUAAACUUCGGACUCGUACUGGUAAUAUCUUACAUCAUAUACAUAAAGUGACAAUUUGUUUUUUACCCCCAUACGUUUCUACAUAUACUGAUGGACUUUGACCAAACAAGGAAAUUGAUCAGGAGAAUUGGGGGGGGGGGGUUGCGACAAUAAACUUCGGACUCGUACUGGUAAUAUCUUACAUCAUAUACAUAAAGUGACAAUUUGUUUUUUACCCCCAUACGUUUCUACAUAUACUGAUGGACUUUGACCAAACUUGACUUUUACAUCUAUCAUUAUCCAGAAUAAAAUAGUGGAGGGUUUUGAACUUUAUAUUACAUUCAGUUUGUGGCAGAGGCGUAGCGUGGUGGGGGCAGGGGGGACAGAUGUCCCCGGGCUACAGCUAGUUAGGGGCGCCGAAAUGUGCUUUGAUAUUAUUUUAUUGAUGAAAAUAAUGGGUUUGAGAGAUCAAAAAAAAGAAAAAGAGGCGCUAAAAAUGGAUCUUGUCCGCAGGCGCGAAUCUUGUCCCCGUGCGCCAAACACCCUCGCUACGCCACUGGUUUGGGGCCCAAAUUCAUUUUUUCUUCUCAUAUGAGCUUUAUAAAUAAAAUGACCAAUAAAUACUCCUACAUGAAUGGAUUGAUCUUGACCAAACUUAGUACACAAGCACUUGAUUAUCCAUAUUCGAACACCGAAUCAUACUGACAUCAUAAAAUUUUCGUUAUUUAAGCAAAAAAAUAAAUACCAAUAUGCUUAGACAACACUAUAGGUUUAAUGUGAUUUAAUAGUUCUAGGCUUAUGGCAUUUUUAAACGGAUUGAAAUGGGUUAGCCUUGAAAUUUUAACUAUAAAUAGUUAUAUAUGUUAGUGAUUUUUAUAGGGGCUAAUUCAAGCGUAACAAAAACAGCACUUUAUGGAAUUGUGCCUCUAGGGUCAUCGUUAUAAUUAUGAUAUUAAUAAUGUUUCUUAUAUGAAAAAACAAACAAACUGACCUAGAAAAGUUAUUAUAGUCAGGAGGUUAUUAAAUUUAAUCAACGGGGACAUAUAGGGAAUCUAAAAGCUAAUUGAACUAUUUUUUAACAUAUAUAUAGUAGAAACAUUGUCUAUACAGAUGCAUAGUGGUAACCUUGUCUAUACAGAUGUAUAGUGGUAACCUUGCCUAUACAGAUGUAUAGUGGUAACCUUGUCUAUACAGAUGUAUAGUGGUAAUCUUGUCUAUACAGAUGUAUAGUGGUAAUCUUGUCUAUACAGAUGUAUAGUAGACACUUUGUCUAUAUAGAUGUAUAGUAUAAGCAUUGUCUAUACAGAUUUAUAGAAGACACAUUGUCUAUACAGAUGUAUAGUAGACACAUUGUCUAUACAGAUGUAUGAUAGACACAUUAUCUAUACAGAUGUAUAGUAGACACAUUGUCUAUACAGAUUUAUAGUAGAUACAUUGUCUAUAUAGACGUAUAGUAGACAUAUUGUUUAUAUAGAUGUUUAGUAGAUGUAUUGUCAAGGUUGACCAAAACACUGCAUAGAAAAACUGCAGAAAGUUCAAAACUCAGCUGCUGGGCUAGUUUUAAAGGCAAAAAAACAUGAUCACGUCACUCUACUACUCCAUUCCCUUCAUUGGCUACCUAUAAAGGCACGCAUUGACUACAAGUUGUCUGUUCUCUGUCACAACUUUUUCUUGGAUUCCUGCCCUUCCUAUCUAACCGAACUUCUUUCUGUCAAUUCACCCCUUCGACAGCUUCGCUCCUGUGCAGACACGCGUAUUCUGUCCUUUCCCAAGACACACACUAAAACAUAUGGUGAACGAUCUUUCUCUUUCUGCGCCCCCAAACAAUGGAAUUCUUUGCCACAAAAAAUACGCAAUAUAUCAACCACCUAGGCCUUCAAAACUGCACUAAAAACAUAUCUUUUUAAAUUAUACUACCGUGACUGAUUCUCCUCCUCUAACCGAUAAACGAUCUUGCUGGCUGCCGUCCAUGGCUUGCCUUGUAAAAGUUAUGUGGUGGGGUGUUGCUGUUCUUUAUUUCAUAAAUGUAUUUUAUUUUAAUUUCAUGAUUAUGUCUCUUUUGAUAAAAUUUUUAUGUACAGCGCGGUGAGCCCAGCCCUAGGCUGGGGUACCGCGCUAUAAAAGACGUCUUCUUCUUCUUAUUAUUAUUGUCUUUACAGAAGCGCAAAUAUUAAUAAUUUUAGUAUAAAUGUAUAUCUUCUAGGUGGGGGCAUGUGACCCACCUCGACCCAUAUUGCGGAUGCCCAUGGUUAGGGUUAAGGCUAGGGUAAGACUAUAAAAGUAAAGUUUAGGGUUAAGAUAAGACGAGAGGACUAAAUUUAAACUAUAACAUCCAUACAUGGAGUCGCAAAGUCCAACUGACGCUGACAUCAAAUUCAUUUAAGCAACUCAUGCGACGCAGUUAGUGACUAGUUGCAUUGACACUUGUCACUCCCUUGGAUGCACUGACUGCGUGGAUGGGUGGGGAUCUGCUUUACUGGGCAACAUCUGGUCGCCGGUCAAGAGCUCCGUGCUCAGUACCGCUUCUGAAGAUUGUUUGACAGGCCCCCAUAACGCACCGCCCAUGCUAAGUCGCUGUACUGGUGGCGUCACAACAUGGAAUAUAAGAGCCUCUUGUAUUAAAUUUCAGGGAGUCAGACCAAAGAAGCGCGAAACAAAGCCGUUGUAACAAAACAAGCAUUAAGGAAAGCCAAGAUAAAUCAGAAGUCCAGGUUUCCCUGCGAGAAGUGCAGUGGCGUAGCGAGGGUGUUUGGCGCCCGGGGACAAGAUUCGCGCCUUGGGACAAGAUCCAUUUUUAGCGCCCCUUUUUCUUUUUUUGAUCUCUCAAAACCCAUUAUUUUCAUCAAUAAAAUAAUAUCAAAGCACAUUUUGGCGCCCCUAACUAGCUGGCGCCCGGGGACAUCUGUCCCCCCUGCCCCCACCACGCUACGCCUCUGGAGAAGUGUAGCUGAGACUGUCAUUCCAGGAUCAGUCCCGUAAACCAUUUGAUGAAGUAUCAAUAAGCUACUCCCUAGUCUCAUGAAAACGGGGUGGAGGGGAUGCAAUAUAUAGGUCAAACUGCCAUGACUGCCAUAAGAUUUUUUUAGUAUAAAGAGCAUUGUCGGGAUCGAUUUUGCAGGAUACAGAGUAGCAAAGUCUGUCCCUGUUCGAGGAUAUUAUAAUAAGUGGAUGACUCGAUAUCUUUUCUAUAACAUAUCUUUUCUAUAACAUAUCUCUUGUGUAACAUAUCUUUUCUAUAUCAUAUCUCUACUAUACCAUAUCUUUUCUAUAACAUAUCUUUUCUAUGACAUAUCUUUUCUAUAUCAUAUCUCUUCUAUAACAUAUCUUUUCUAUGACAUAUCUUUUCUAUAACAUAUCUUUCCACGCCUUAACAAAAAGUUAGGCCCAUUAUCACGGUUGUGUCAAGUUUCAUGGUUAUGUAACGAUGAGUACCUUAGCUCCAGGUAAUAGCCAAAGUAAAUGUUUUGUUUGUUGGCCUGACGAGACAAAGCAUUGUUUAACAAAUCUAAUGUAACUUUUAGAAGUUCAGGUUAAGCAGCAGACAUUGCUGUCCCAUGCAGCCGAGGAGCGCCAUCAACUGGAGCUAGGAGAGGAUCGUUAGAAGAAUGUCGGGUUUACUGAAAUCUUCACCAUGCAGUGUGCUUCAGUUGUUUCAACGUUCUUUGUUUAAGAUCCUUGAUGUUGAAUAUAGAGUUUAUCGAAUUUUACUUUCAUUUCGAAUACAUGUAUCUCUUAAAACUUUAACAUUUGUG